ACUGGGACUGUCCGGCGGGUGCUUCGACCUGACCCUGGAGCCGCGCGCCGCAUCUCUGGACCCUGACAAGCCUGCGCCAGGUCAGCGCCCGCACGACGAUUCGCGGACCCCUACUUCUGUGUUUAUUUUCGCUUUCGUUGUGUAGAACCUCUGGAUGUUGUAGACUCUGUGUGGAACUGUCGUGACGAUGGCCAUCGGCUAGGAUGCGAGGUGCGUUGCUGACGCCCUCCACCAAACACUGUGCCCUUAAACGAUUCCACCACACACGGCCGAGCGCCAUCGAGCCGCGCUCGCCAAGCGCCUUCUCGUCGAACUCCUCCAGCAUGCUACUGCUGCAAACACACAGCAACUACGGUUCAUCCUUUACUGAUCUCUUGUCCUCGCAAUACCGGGAAGAUUCAUCGGAAAUACUAGAGGAAAACUUAGACCCGUUCCCGGACGUCGAAUUCCACGCACCGAUUCCUCUUGAGAUUAAAUCGCAACGGGCGACGCCAGUGAGCGAGACCCCGUCGCCAACACUAGGCCCCGCGCUGCCAAGUUUCGAGGAAACGUACUCUGUCCGAUACCCGAAGCAGGAAAUGGCAGAAUUCGGGAUAAAAAUGGACGAAGAUUGCUACAACGUGAGUGCGUAUUCCCAUCAGGGACACACCUCUACGCAGCUCCUGUACCAAUAUCACCAGCCUACGCUUCCUUAUGUGCCCUCAACGUACUACGCUCCGGCUCAGCCGUGUAGCCCGACGUUUGACACGGGAGGAGUCGCCCCGAAUCAAGACUCCUAUUCCUUGCCUCCGUUCCCGAGUUCGAUCGACUUACAUAUAUCUUCAGAUCAAGGAUCGAGGCAACGCCGGGCGUCAUUGCCGGUCCAGCGAUCGGAAUCUAAUAGUUCGAAUGAUAGUCCGAAGGUUCAUGGAAGAGUUCAAUGCAUGCAAGCAUCCGCGCCUAGUUCUGCAUCGAGUUCGCCUGGCGGAGCAGCUCCGGACGCGGCGGCCGCGCGCGCUGCGCCUCCUUCGCCCAGCCAGCUGUGCGCUGUGUGCGGCGACACCGCGGCCUGCCAACACUACGGAGUCCGCACUUGCGAAGGCUGCAAAGGAUUCUUUAAGCGAACCGUACAGAAGGGGUCAAAAUAUGUGUGCUUAGCUGAAAAAUCGUGCCCGGUAGACAAGAGAAGAAGAAAUAGGUGCCAAUUUUGCCGUUUCCAGAAAUGUCUCGCUGUCGGCAUGGUUAAAGAGGUAGUUCGAACCGACUCAUUGAAAGGAAGACGAGGAAGAUUACCCUCGAAACCUAAAUGCCCUCAGGAAUCACCGCCGAGCCCGCCAAUCUCCUUGAUCACUGCUCUCGUCAGAGCUCACGUGGACACCUCGCCAGAUUUUGCUAACCUCGAUUACUCCCAGUACAGAGAGCCGAAUCCUAUGGAGCCCCCUCUAUCGGACUUGGAUGUGAUUCAGCAGUUCUACUCGCUCUUGACGACGUCGAUCGAUAUGAUCAAAGUGUUCGCGGAGAAAGUGCCGGGGUACGGGGAGCUAUGCAUAGAAGACCGGGAGCAGCUGUUCGCGUCGGCGCGGCUCGAGCUGUUCGUGUUGCGACUGGCAUACCGCACGCGGCCUGACGACACCAAGCUCACCUUCUGCAACGGCCUUGUGCUGGACAAGCGCCAGUGCCAGCGCGCCUUUGGUGAUUGGUUGCACGCUGUGCUCGACUUUAGCAACACACUGCACUCCAUGGACAUCGACAUCUCAACCUUCGCAUGCCUCUGCGCAUUGACUUUAAUAACAGAGAGACACGGCCUGAAGGAGCCCCACCGCGUGGAGCAGUUACAAAUGAAGAUCAUUGGUUGCCUACGAGCACACAUGCCGGGCGGCACGGGGGCGGGCGCGGGCGGCGGGGCGGGCGCGCCGCACUUCAGCCGUGUGCUGGGUGCGCUGCCGGAGCUACGCUCGCUGUCGGUGCAGGGCCUGCAGCGUAUCUUCUACCUUAAGUUGGAGGACCUGGUGCCACCGCCGCCGCUCAUAGAGAACAUGUUCCGCGCCAGCCUGCCUUUCUAGGCGCUCCACCGCGCCCCAUCGCCUUGCACGAUCCCCGAGGACCAUUCCCCGCCUUCGUAACGCGAAUCCUUCUAUCCUUAGAGCCGACUCCGUUAUUUUUAUAAGUGUUUACUUAGAUUUAAUAUAUUUUUAGACUAGUUGGACAUUGGACUGGAUAUCCGACGGAAUCGGUUCACACUCGUUUUAAUAAAUUUUAUUUUGAGAAAACAAACCUUAACAUAUAAGUCUUUCGUGAGAUAUCGAUAUUUAUUAAUUAAGCUUAAUUUAUUGUAACUGUACAUUUUUGCGUGUGGAUCAAUUUUAUCUUACAUAUUUAUAAUUUAAUCUAAUUAAAAGUAUAGUUGCAUUUGAGUUACCGUUCGUGAUCCGAUGGCAUCUCGUCGUACAAAUAUUCCUAUGUUAUUUACUUGUGUAUUAUUUAAAUAAGAAAAAUCUAGUCACAAGACUUACUAAUGUAAAAUUUGGCUUGUAAACUCCGAAUUUUAUAGUUAUAUUAAUAUUACGAGCGACAAGGUGAGGCACGCAAUUCGCGUCCGGCGUCGGUCGUCAGUCGCCAGGCAUUCUGCGCGAUGCUGCCUCGGAACAGAUGUUGUUUGAAGUUACCUUUUAGGUUUAAUUUAUUUUAUAUUAAUCAUUUUUGAUAAUAGGAUGUUAACGUAAUUUGUUAUAGUGUUUGUACGAGGCUAGAGAAAAAGUUCAGCAACAAGUUUACACCACCAUACUUCUUUAAACCACGUGUCUUAAAGAGUACCUUCCUAAUUAGAUAACUAAUGUAUGUCGUAAUGUGAAAUUAUCCUUAACAUGUUUUUAAUUACUUAAGUAGAUAUCAAAAAUACAUAUCACUUUACUUACGUAGAUAGUGACAAAAUAAAAAGUCCCCGAUAUAUCCAUCAAAUGGGAUUAACCAAUUAUUUAGCUGAAUAACAAAUUACGACUUUUUCAAUAGUGUAAUGGACCAAACAAUCGAAUGGUUUUGUAAUAAAUUACCGUACUAUUUAAAUUAUUCGAACUAUGAACUUCUAGUAUAGUAUAGUAAAAUUGGUGCACUCAGUACAAAUGCUAAAUGUAAAUAAAUUGCUUAU